GCUUAUACAUGUGUCCACAAUCAAUUUCAAAAUUCAAUAAAUCUUCAACUCAAAAAUAGUCAAAAGGAAAUUAACAUGGAACCACAUUUCAGACUGGUUCUCAUACUUCCCCUUCUCUUUUUCAUUGGUGGAAAUGCUGCAAUUUUCACAUUAAAAAACAGAUGUAAUGUAACAAUAUGGCCAGGAAUUUUAUCAGGAGGAGGUCAUCCCUCACUAAUGAAUGGUGGAUUGGCAUUACAACCAAAAGAGGCUGUAGAUAUCAAUGCACCUACUGGUUGGUCUGGUCGAUUCUGGUCAAGAACCCAAUGCAACUUUGACACUACAGGUAAAGGGACAUGUGCCACCGGAGAUUGUGGCGGAGUACUCCAAUGCAAUGGUGCUGGUGGCAUCCCACCAGCCUCACUAGUAGAGUUCACACUUGACAGUCCUAUGGAUUUUUAUGAUGUUAGCUUUGUAGAUGGUUUCAAUAUCCCUAUAUCAGUGUACCCUUUAGGUGGAUAUGGAAAUUGUUCAUAUGUGCAAUGUUGUCCAGACAUGAACUUACAAUGUCCACAAGAAUUGCAAGUGAAAUCAAGUGAUGGCAAAGUAAUUGCAUGUAAAAAUGCAUGUCUUGCUUUUAAUAAACCAGAGUAUUGUUGCACUGAGGAAUUCAAUAAUCCCAACAAAUGCAAGCCUACAAAGUACUCACAAUAUUUCAAGAAGGCUUGUCCAAAUGCUUAUAGUUAUGCUUAUGAUGAUGCAACUAGUACUUUUACAUGUAAGGGAGCUGAUUAUUUGAUCUUAUUCUGUUAAAAUAUUCAUAUGUCAAGUCAUGGGACUAUUUUUGUUUAUGUAUUUGUUGUACCCAUUUCAUGAAAAGUUCGUGGAUUGAUCAAAAAGUACCCUUUUGAGUAGGGUAAUAUGAGUGGGUGAAUAUUGAUCAAUAGUAUUACUAGUACAUACAUGAAAAUCAUGUGGGUUCACAAGUGGAAUGAGAUAACAAUAAUACUACAUAUUUUGGAAGGAUAAAA